AUGGCAUUCAACGAGCAGCCUUCGCAGCCCAGCGGCGACACACCGGCUGCGGCCACCGCCCUCGACCAAGCAUCGGCGACGACGACGACGGCCUCGCCGCGCGAGCUGCUCGACACAGCACGCCGCGCCAUGGCGCUCAAACAGUACGAUGCCGCCACCGACCAGCUCGCCACGGUGCUCGAGCUGCUGCGCGACACCCACGGCGAGGACCACCAGAGCCUCGCCCCCAUCCUCCACCUCUACGGCCGCGCGCUCCUCGAGACCGCCAUCGCCAACUCGGGCGCCCUCGGCGGUGGUGGCGGCGCAAAAGACGCACCCAUGCCCUCCAGGGCAAAGCCGGCCUCGACCUCGGGUGCGGCGACGGCGAGAGGCAGCGGCAGCGGAUCGGCAAAGUCCAAGGUCCAGGACCCGAGGUUCAGCUUCAGCGGCGAUGCCGAGAGCGACGACGAGGACGAUGCCGCCGAGGGCGCAGAGGACGGCGCAGAGGGAGGGGAAGACGAGGAGGACGACGACCUCGGCGUCGCCUUCAGCGUCCUCGACCUCGCCCGCGUCAUCUACCAGCGCGCCCUCGACGGCGACAGCAAGCAGCUCGAGACGCUCGAGGGUGCCGUGUGGGACGAGACCAAGGUCAAGGCUGAGCUGGCCGAAGUGCUCAACGACCUCGGCGACGUCGGCCUCGAGAGCGAAAACUUCCAGCAAGCCUCGUCCGACUACCAGGCGUGCCUGACGCUCCUCACGCCGCUGCUGCACCCGCACUCGCGCCGCCUCGCCGACGCACACCUCCGGCUCGGCCUGGCGCUCGAGUUCCACCCGACGGUCUCGGAGCGCGAGGGCGCCAUCCGCCAUGUCAAGGCGGCAUCCGGCGUGCUCGCAACGCGCCUGGCCGCGCUCGAGGAGCGCCAAAAGACGAUCGCCUCGCUCGCCCUGCCGAGCCCAGAUGCUCAGAGGGUGCUGGCCAACGCCGAAGCGGCGCGAUCGGAGAAGAUCCAGGAAGGCGAGGGCGGCCAGGAGGGCGCCGACCAGGCCGACGGCAAGGGCAAGGGCAAGGCGCCGUCUUCUGCAGCUGCCGGUGACGACGACGAGGCGGCGAGGAAGCUGGAAAAGGACGACAUCCUCGGCAUGACGUCGGACCAGGUGACGCUCGAGCUCAAGGACGUGCGCGAGAUGAAGGAGGAGCUCGACACCAAGCUCGACGAGUACGAGUCGCCCUCGGGUCUGGCCAAGCUCUCGGGCGAGCCCGAGGGGAAUGCCGCAGCAGCGGCGGGCUUCGGGCUGGGAGAGGGCAUGACGGCGACCUCGACCAAGGCCGCGCUGGAGCAGGCCAUCGCCGACGCCUUCCUCGGCGGAGCGGGCGGCAGCGACGACGCGGCGAGGGCGCUGAGCGCCCUCCGCAGCGCGACCGGGUCGUCGUCGUCGGGCGCCGCCAGUGUCGCGGUCAACGACCUGAGCAAGAUGGUCAAGAGGAAGAAAAAGGCCGAGCCCGAGAUCGAGGCCGAGGCCGAGGCGCAGGAGGGCAAGGGGAAAAAGGCGAGGGUCGACGACGAGAGCGAGGCCUGA